CAUACCGGCCAUGUCCCCAACCCUAGCCGCCACUACCCUGCUCCCUCUCCCAAGCCUCCGCCACUCCUUCUCCCUCCCCCUUUCUCUCUCUUCUCUCUCUACCGCCCCAGGCCCCCCCGAUCUCCUCCUCCCACUCCGAUCGCCCGACCGAUCGCCGAGCUUCCCUGUUCCCUCCCCGCCCCCGCGACGCCGCGACGCCAUGGAGCCGCCGCACGCUGAGCAGGCCGUCGCCGCUGUAGCAGCAGGAGGAGAGGGUGGCACUGCAAGCCCGGACACCGGCCUCGAAGGGCCGUUGCUUAGCGCGGGGGCUGGACGGCGGUGGGGAAGGGGAGGACGGGGAGCUGGGGGCGGGGCAGGAGGCGGACGCACGGCUACCGGAGCGGCCUGGCGAGGCGGACUGUGGCUACUACCUCCGCACGGCUACCGGACCGGCCUGGCGAGGCGGCUGCGGCUAUCGCUGGUGGCGUCGUGGGGUACAGUGACAGCGAGGUGUUCAGAGAUGCGUCGAGUUCCUCAAUUCUCCCAGGCAGGGUGGAACAAGAGGCAGUCAGGCAGAUAACUCGAUUGGAAGUUACCAGAUUUCUCUGUUACCAGAAUUUGCUGCGCAUAUGUGCGUAAUCUGACUGCCAACAGGGUCUGCUAGUUUCUUUUGUGCGGUGCAAAGUUAUAUGUUUACAUUUGCAGUUACAUGUUCAUAUAUAUGUUUGAACUACUUUGUAGUGCAUAUACGUUUGAUGUAUUAUAUUGAUGUCCAAAGAUGCUGUCAGUGUUCACUUUUUGAAGACAAAUUGUCCACUGGUACUCCUAGUCGAUCGACUUUUGCCAAUGUUAUCUGGAAGUGGAUGCAUCUAGUUACAUAAUGAUACUUGUGAUGGUUACACAGGGAUCUGCAUAUCUUUCCAGACAAUCGUGUCUGCUCCAUAUUGCUAGGAUCAAUGGGAAAAAAAUAAUCUAUAGUCGAUGUCGCAUUUGAUGUCGUGAUGACACCAUUAAAAACUUAUCUAUCUUUUUUAUAGCUCUCGAUACUGUAAAUUUAGAUAGGAUUUAUAUCUAGUCUAUUGGAGAUGCUCUAACUUAGGAAUCCUUUUGCUUUCAUGCCUCCUUCCCAUCCCAGCCAAAAUGUCUUCGGAGAUACAAUCUGCGGUUCAUGACGUCGUCAGUGCAAGACAAGGCCGGAGCUAGCCCUGACCAGAAGCAGGAGCGUAGCACCAAGAAAGAUGAAUCUGGCGAUCAAGAAUCCGAAGCUGUCGGCGAUGCGGUGCCAUGAAAGGGUGUUUGCAAAUAUGUACAAAACAUAAUAACAUGUGUAGGUUUUGUGAAUGAUUUUGUUGUGGUGCUUAUUGAUGGUUUAUGUGAUGUGGAUCUAUCAUUGUGCAAUACUAAUUAAA